GGAGAGCUUCAGCGAUGGGGCCUUCGAAUUCGUCGAAGAGGGCCUGGAGGUUUUGGUCAUCGGCGAAGGGUGUAGGCUCUUGCUUGAAGUCUUGCUGGAAGUCCUGCUGGAACUCUGGCCUGAGUUCUUGUUUUAACUCUGUUGGCUCUAUGCUCGAUAGCACGAGGGGUAUGUCGUCUGCGGUGGUGGGAGGUGUUAGUUGGCGCUGCUCUUGCUUAAGCGGUGGUGGUGUUCCUGGUAGUGCGAUGAAAAGGACGUUCGGGUUUAUCGUCGCGGCCUGCGCGGGUUUGACCUCUUCCUGCUCGAACUUGGAUAGGGAACCAUUAUUGGAGUCGCCGUUACCUCCAAAAAGCGAGCCGUCUGAGAUUUGGCUCUCGGAGAGCUGUGAUAUUAUCGCCUCCUCGAUGGUAGUCUCUGGGAUCUGCGUAGUCUCCUUUUCGACUUCGGGGACCGGCCCUUCGACGCAAGCGUCGUCGAAGUUGAAAAAGGAGUCUACGUCACCGAAGGAGUCGUUGGCGUCGUUAAAGAGGGUUCCCGGGAGCUGGUCUGGGCUGAACUUGUCCAUCACCGGGGUGGACAGUACCAUGGCCAUUAUAUCUCCUAAAGUGUUGUGUAAAGUCAAGGCUGGAAGUCUGCGGCGGUGCUGUUCGUCCCUUAUUGCUCGACUUUUCCUGCGGUCCUCUUCGAGAAUGAAAUCAGGUCUAAUGUUUCGUGUAGUUGAAUCUCUGUACUUGAAAGAUCCGUAGUUGAGCUUGUCUGUAGUUAAAAGUGAGUAUGUACGGCGCAAAAGUGAAAACGAAUCGAUUGUCUAGGUAGUCCGAGG